CAACAGCAAAGCAGAACUGAUUCAACCCUGCUUUUUCUUUCUCCACUGGACAGUGGCAGAGUGUUUGUCAAGAUUUGUACAGAGCAGACCACUGGACUACCCAUUAUCUUCAUUGUGACUUAGGGAUACUACAAGAUAAAUAUGGCUCUACCCAUAGAUCCCAUGGAGGAGCCCCGCAUUUACCAGCAAACCCUGCUGCAAGACGGCCUCUAUGAUCUUCUGGAGAGUGAUAUGAUGGUAGACUGUGUGUUGAAGAUUAAAGACAAGGAGUUUCCCUGCCACAGGCUGGUCCUGGCUGCUUGCAGCUCCUACUUCAGAGCUUUCUUCAAGUCAGGUGUGGAGGAGAGCAAACAGAGGGAAAUUGUAUUGGAAGAUGUGGAACCUGGUGUUAUGGGCAUGAUCAUCAAGUACAUCUACACCUCAAACAUCAAUGUGACGGAGCAGAACGUGCAGGACAUCUUUGCUCUGGCCAACAUGCUGCAGAUACCUUCAAUUUUCACAGUAUGUGUCUCAUUCCUGCAAAAGCGACUGAGUUUGAGUAACAGUCUGGCUAUCUUUCGACUGGGCCUAAUGCUUGACUGCCCUCGUUUGGCCAUUUCAGCACGGAACUUUGCUUGCGAGCGCUUCCAAUUCAUAGCCAGAGAUGAGGAAUUUCUGCAACUGAAUCCUAGUGAGUUGGCAGCUAUUAUUGCGUCAGACUCUUUGAAUGUUGAGACGGAGCAGGAAGUGUUUGAAGCUUUAAUCAAGUGGGUGGGAUAUGACCAAGAGAAACGGCUAGAAGACCUACCAGUUCUGCUGGACUGUGUGCGGUUACGUCUGGUUCCUCAUGAGUACUUUGCCAAAAACGUUGAGAAACAUGAGUGGUUGAGCUCUAAUCCAGAGAUCUCCAAGAAACUGCAGCUGGUCAAAGACGCCCAUGCUGGGAAGCUUCCAGAAGUCAAGGCCAAAAGCAUAAAGAGUGAAGACAAGAAGGAUGGGGAUGGAGGUGAAGAGGGGGAGGAAGAGGAACAGGAGGAGCUACUUCCUGGCAUCCUGAAUGACAAUCUGAGGUUUGGGAUGUUUCUAAGAGAUUUGAUCUUUUUGAUAAGUUAUAGUGCAACAGCGGCUUAUGACCCAACAGGAAAUGACUGUUAUGUGGCAUCACUCUCCACCCAAAUCCCCAAAAAUCACUGCAGCCUGGUCACCAAGGAAAACCAGAUAUUUGUUGCUGGUGGAAUUUUUUAUGAUGAGCAAAGCAAAGACGAACAGAUCUACUCAUACUUCUUGCAGUUUGAUCCUGAGAGUUCAGACUGGAUGGGAAUGCCUCCCAUGCCCUCUCCCCGCUUCCUUUUUGGGAUGGGUGAAGCAGAGAACUCUAUCUAUGUGAUUGGAGGGAGAGAAAUGAAGGAAGGAGAACAAAUUCUGGAUACAGUCAUGGUUUAUGACAGGAAGUUUCUUAAAUGGGCAGAAUCAGAUCCUCUUUCUUACCCAGUAUAUGGUCAUGGAAUAGUGUCACAUAAUGAAAUAAUCUAUGUAAUCGGAGGAAAGGGGGAGAACAAAGAGUGCUUGAAGAGAGUAAGUGCUUAUGACACUAAGAAACAGCAGUGGACUGAUCUUGCUCCAUUGAAUACUGCACGGUCACUGUUUGGUGUCACCAUCCACAAAAACAAGAUAUAUGUGGCUGCUGGUGUCACAGACACUGGCAUUACAGGCAGCUCUGAGGUCUAUGACAUCAAAACAAACACGUGGUCAGAGUUUGUGGAGUUUCCCCAGCCCCGAAGUUCACUCAGCCUGGUCACUGUGGCCGGUGUUCUCUAUGCUGUGGGUGGAUUUGCCAUGCUCCCCAAAGAGGACAGUGAUGAACUUCUGCCCAAAGAAAUGAAUGACAUCUGGAGGUAUGAUGAAGUGGAGAGUAACUGGAACGGAAUACUAAGAGAGAUUCGUUAUGCAUCUGGUGCUACGGUUUUGGGAGUUCGACUGAACAGUCUUCGGCUCACUAAAAUGUGACCAGUGAUGUCACAUGAUUACCAAAUUGGCCACUCAAAGAAGUUACUUGUGGCAAAAGACAAUUUUUGUUCAACCGUUUAAUUUCAGAUAAGCUGAUUUCAACACAGUUUGAACAAAACAGUUAUAAAAUUAUGGGUCAAAAUGAAAGUCUACAACAGUGGAAGUGGACUCAUUCCAUGAAAAUAAAUGAUAAUAAUUAACAGGAAUGAAAACUAAAUGUUUUUCAUUUUGAUUCGUUCUGAGAAGAAACUGUAUUUUUAGUUCCGGUUCCAGCGUUCCACUGCCACGUUUCCAAUUGGUAAUGUUAGAACAUAGUCUGGAAAAAUACUAAAAAUAAGGGACUUGACUCAGCCAAAAUAAGUGAUAUAAACCAAUUACAUUUUUUCCACGUGGGGUAAUUAUCAGCAUAGAAAUACAAGCAAAGUAUACUGUAGCCUACAUAAAAUAACGUUUUUUAAUAUUAAUUACAUCCCCAAAAUAUUUCAAAACUACAUCUAGCCAUCUAAAAUCAAUUAAUAUCCUAAAUGUUUCUCCUGCAUGCAUGCACACACUGCUUGGGUGUGUUUGGACUAAAUGUCAGCUCAUACAGGCCAAAAUGUUUUAUUUUAAACAUGUACAAAUAAUUUUAUAAUUAUUUGAUUCUUAUUAUUUAAUUUUUAAUUACAAAUCUGCUUAUCAGUCAGAACCUGGCAGCAUCAAAUCUGUAUCAGUGCAUCAUCUCCAACAUUAAUUCAUUGAAGACUUGUAAGAGUAAAAGAAUAAUGUACUUCUUACCUCCAUAUUUUAGUUUAAUAUGUGAUAUAUGUACAGGUUUGGGGAGUAACAAACUACAUGUAAUGGGAUUACGUAUUUAAAAUACAAAAUAUAAGUAACUGUAUUCCCUGUAAACUGUAUUAAACCUUGUGUAAAUUGCUUUUUCUAGCCAUUUUACAUGCACACGUUACAAGGCACGAUCAUAUUUUCUUAUCAAGAAAAUUCACGUUGAUCAUAAUUUCUUUUUUCUAGUAAGACCUAUGAUAUUAUUCUUGAUAAAAAAUAUGUGUAUUGUUUUCCUGUAAAAAUAUCUAAAAAUCCUUAAAACGAGAUCGGUUUGAUUUAUCGUGUUUUAGAAACAACACUGCAUAUGAUAUUUAGGUUUUUCAGAGAAUGUAUUUUUAACGUGUAUUUUGUCUUACUGUACUGGCAGUUUUUAUAGUCAAAACAAUUGAAAAAAUCUACCAGUGCUGAAGAAGUAAUCCAAAGUAUUUAGAUUACGUACCUGACCUUGAAUAAUCUAAUGUAAUAAGUUACAAAUGACAUUUUACAGCAUGUAUUCUGUAAUCUGUAGUGGAAUACAUUUCAAACAAAACAAAAGUAACCCUCCCAACCCUGUAUAUGUGAUAUAUAAUAUGUGAUACAAAUGAAAAGUGUGAUGCAGCAGUUUCCUUUUUCAACAAAAAUGAGAGAAGCCUCAUUUUGUUUGGGGCAACAUGAAGUGUUGUAAUUCCAAAAAUGUACUGUAAUAAAACCAUUUAGACUUUGGUUUAUUGAAAAAAAUGAUCUGAAUAAAUUUUGAACCACUUAUUAACCAGUUACCAACAUUUAAAAAUAAAGUUUUAAUUUCUGAACAAUUGAAAGGGACUUCAUUCCUGUUUUCGGUUCCAUUCUGCAAAAAAUCGUUGCUUGUUUUUGGUUUUCAUUUUCAUUACUUGGAAUAUUUUCAGUCCCUGAUAAUUAUUAUUCAAUAUACUCAUAAAUUACUUAUCAGUUUGAACAGAGAUGAACGUCAUAGAUAAAUUAGU